AUGACUACUCCAGCCGUCACAACACCAGAUCAAUUCAUCUCCAGCGAUAUCUCUUACAGUACGACAUUAUUGGAAUAUUUUGAUGAUAUGCCGCAAUCAUAUUUGAUAUCAAGGUUACAUGAACAAGGUCGUGAUUUCUUCAACAAAAUUGAAUCGGCUUAUGCUGAACUGGUUGUCAAAGGACUUCCUACUCCUUUUUGGAUACACAGGGAAUAUUUGGAACUACAAUCGACUUUUUUUAAGGAUCAAUUUCAAAAGGUUAAGCAAGGGAGCAAGUUGAUAGUUACAGUCCCUUCUCCCGAUGACUUCGAACCCUUGUUGGAAUAUCUGUAUACUGGUGAUGGCGACAAGUGGUAUGACAGCAUGAAUGAGGAUAAUUGGUAUGAUGUCUAUACCAAUGUAGAAUUUCUUGGUCUUGGAAUUGAAGCGAGAGCCAUCUGUAUGGCUUUUUAUCAGAAUGUUAUACUUGGAGAUGAUCUGGAUUAA